UCCACACGGUGUGCUGAGAGCCUCAGAAGUCAAAAAAUUUAAACAACAAAGAUUUCCCCUCUUGAACUAAAAUGGGAAAGAAAGACAAAUCAUUGGUCGAGGAGAUGGACACUACACAGGAAGCUGAGAAUGAGAUGAGCUAUGAAGAAAAACUGAAGUACGUGUCUGUGGUCGCUACUCCUAUUGCCAGCAAGAAGUUUGCCAAGAAGAUUUAUAAACUUAUCAAGAAAGGAUCAAAACAGAAAACUUUUGUGAGAAGUGGCCUUAAGGAUGUGCAGAGCAGAAUCAGAAAAGGAGAAAGAGGAAUUGUUAUAUUUGCUGGUGACGUCACUCCCGUAGAUGUGAUGAUUCAUAUGCCAGGAGUUUGUGAAGAUCUCGAUAUACCAUACGUUUAUACACCCUCCAGAACAGAUCUUGGAUCAGCUAUGGGAGUAAAAAGAGGAUGUUUGAUGAUGUUAGUCCGAGAACACGCAGAUUACAAGGAUCUCUACGACGAGGUGAACAAGGAGAUCAAGGGGCUCCACGAGGCAUGAAGAUUGUAAAUGUGUUCAGUUCACUGCGUUUUGAAAUCCUUAACGCAUAAGCGCAUUUGCCCUGUAUUGUUAUAAAGUACCUUGUAUACUAUUCAUGUUCAUAGCACUCAGUGCACGAAUAAAUUUUUUUUCUUUA